GUUGGAAUGUUAUAAUUGAAUGUUGGUGACCACCACUGGAGUGAGGUUUGUAGGACAGAGUUUGCGUUCAAGUUGGAGAAUUAAAAGCUUUCAAACUGAAGAGUUGAGGUACAAUAGCCAUAAGCUGUUCAAUCACUAUAAUUAUCUAUUUUGGUCGCCAAGUAUUCAGUCAAUACCGUGUUCUGUUAAUCAGGUUCCAAGCCAAUUGAGGAUCAUUCCACAAGGAACAAUUCCAAAGUAUAGCUGUUGCUCGUUUCAGUUUAGUUCUUUUUGUACCGGAAAGAAUGAAGGAGUGGAAAAGAUAAAAAGCUCUUCAAAGAAUAGUGGCGAAGGCUUUCCACCAAGCAGAGCAAGAGAAGUAGACUCAUCGGUGACCAAGUUGAACUACAAUUCUCAAGAAAGGACUGGACUGAUUUUUCCUGGUCUUCCAGUGGGUCUCGUUUCGGGGUUUUUAGGCUCCAUGGCUGGUAUUGGAGGAGCUGUCUUUGCAAUACCUUUGCUUUGUAGAUUUGGGGGGUUUCGUCAGAGGAUUGCGGCAGGUUCCACUCUCUUUGCUGUAUUUGGCACAGCAGCCUCUAGUGCAUAUGCUUUCCAUCAAGCUGGUCAAGUGGAUCACUUUACAGCACUAAACUUGUCUCUAGUUGGACUGUUAGCUGCACCAGUAGGCGCUCUUUUUUCAAACUCAGUCAGUAGUGGAAUUUUACGUCGCUCUCUUGGUAUUUUUUUAAUGUUCAUUUCUCCCUUAAUGUUUAUUCGACUGUUCUUACAAAGUACUUCAAGUACUUCAGAGAUAGUCCCACAUUUGGAAGAGAAUAUUGAUGAGAACAACUCCGAAAGUAAUUUAGUGCCUACUCGAUUUGUAACUACGACUGAGGACUAUGUUGCAGUUUCAAUGAAUGGAUGGAAUGAUGUUAUUCAUCCAUGGAAGCACUUUUCAAAGGAACGACUUACUUUUCUCUCUGUUACUGGUGCUACUGUAGGGUUUUUAUCGGGCUUCUUAGGGGUGAGUGGUGGGACUUUGUUCACACCAGUUAUUUCAUUUAUUGGUUGUUCUGAUGGUUCGCGAGAUUUCCACACAAUCUUGGGUACUUCAUUUAUGGCGAUGACAUUACCUGCAGUUACUGGGGGUAUUGCAUAUGCAUUGAAAGGUAGUGUGAGAUAUAGUCUGGUUCCUUCUUUGUGUCUAGGCACCGUAGCUGGUGCUGCUGUGGGAAGUCGAGUAGCUUUACAGCUUCCUGAUAGUUUUUUAAAAGUCGGUAUGGCUGUUGUAUUUUCAUUAGUUGGUUAUCGUAUUUACAGAGUUCCUAUUCAUUCGAGACAAAACUUGCGAAAGUAGAAGAGUAGUUCGAUGGGAGUGGUUCAAAUAAAACUGGUUAAACAUUAUUCUUCUUUUGCAUUUUG